UGUGACGACGUAUAUGAGCCUGCCGUCACCGCUACGAACACGGUAGCCCUCUCCGGCUUGCCUCUAGCCCACUGGAAGGGUCAUUGAAGUACUGACAUCCCUCGAUGACAUACUGUUACGUUGACAAGACUCUGAGCAGGUCACUAUGUAUGGACGAGGACCUUUGUAGCUCCUCCUUGGUAGCGAGGAACACUCUCCACCAUUUCUCAGGGCCGCCGCAAACGGCAUUUAUCAUCGGAGACAGCUUCAUGAGUAACCUCGAGUGUCUUUGCAAGAGCUUGGAACACAGGAGUAGAAGACCAGCAACAGCCCGGCAGCCACAGUAACACGUUCUCCAUACUUGGAUUACUAUACACACAGUCUACAACCUCUGCUACUUCAUACAUUGGUCGAACCGGCUCCUCAUG